CUUAAGUUUACUUAACUUAACUCUUAACUUAUAUAGUGUUACAGUUGGUUGUUGGUCAUUACCGUAAGUAAAGAAAAACCAUGUCGACUACCACUGCUCCGGUAUUACCUACCAUACAAUUAAAGGUUAAUUAUAAUGAUAUUCAAGCUAUAAUUAAAGAUUUUAUUCAAUCAUUUAAAGAUAGUACAAUUGAUAUUGAAGAUUUAGAUAUUGAUAAUGAAACUCCAAUUCAUUCAGGUAAAUAUAUGAAUUUACUUCAACGUGUAGCCAAUCGUGAAGAAACUUCUGUACUUAUUGAAUUUGAUGAUUUAAAAAGUUUCCUUAGUAAUUAUGAAAUUAAUCAUGAUGGUUCAAGUUCUCAAUUAACUUCUUCAAGAAGUUUAUUAACUACUAUAUUAAAUAAUACUCAUAGAUAUAUUGAAUUAUUUUCAAAUGUAAUUGAUGAAAUAAUGCCCGAACCAACCAAAGAUAUUAGUUAUAAAGAUGAUGUAUUAGAUGUUAUAUUACAUCAACGUAAAUUAAGAAAUUUAAGAUUACAACAAGAUAGAUCGGAAGAAAUUAAUAAUUUAAGAAGUGGAUUUAAUAUGAAUGAUGAUAAUUCAACAAAUAAUAAUCAAUUAAUUAAUUCAAAUGAUUCAAGUGAUGGAUUUUCUCCUAAAUUAACUCGUCGUUAUAAUCUUUAUUUUAAACCUUUAUCAUUUGAUAAUGGUGUUAAACCAGCUUUAGCAGUUAGACAAAUUAAAGGAACUCAUGUUGGACAUUAUAUUACAGUUAGAGGUAUAGUUACUAGAGUAUCUGAUGUAAAACCAAAUAUUUUAGUUAAUGCUUAUACUUGUGAUAAAUGUGGUUAUGAAAUAUUUCAAGAAGUAACUUCAAAAACUUUUACACCAUUAAGUGAAUGUACUGCUCCAGCUUGUAAAGCAGAUAAUAAUAAAGGUCAAUUAUUUAUGUCAACUAGAGCUUCUAAAUUUUCAAGUUUUCAAGAAGUUAAAAUUCAAGAAUUAUCAAAUCAAGUUCCAGUUGGUAAUAUUCCUCGAUCACUUACAAUUCAUGUUAAUGGAGAUUUAGUUAGAGAAAUGAAACCAGGUGAUACAGUCGAUGUUUCAGGAAUUUUUAUGCCAUCGCCAUAUACAGGCUUCCGGGCAUUAAAAGCCGGAUUAUUAACAGAAACUUAUUUAGAAGCUCAAUAUAUUUAUCAACAUAAGAAACAAUAUGAUUUAAAUAAUAUUUCUAGUGAAUUUGAAAAUAUUAUUGAACAAUUAAGAAAUGAUGGGGAUGGAUAUACAAAAUUAGCUAAAUCUAUUGCUCCAGAAAUUUAUGGACAUUUAGAUAUUAAAAAAGUUUUAUUAUUAUUAUUAUGUGGUGGAGUUACUAAAGAAAUUGGUGAUGGAUUAAAAAUUAGAGGUGAUAUAAAUGUUUGUCUUAUGGGAGAUCCUGGGGUUGCUAAAUCUCAAUUAUUAAAAGCUAUUAGUAAAAUUGCUCCAAGAACUGUUUAUACUACUGGUAGAGGUUCUUCAGGAGUUGGAUUAACUGCUGCAGUUAUGAGAGAUCCAAUUACUGAUGAAAUGGUUUUAGAAGGUGGAGCUCUUGUAUUAGCAGAUAAUGGGAUUUGUUGUAUUGAUGAAUUUGAUAAAAUGGAUGAAAGUGAUAGAACUGCCAUUCAUGAAGUUAUGGAACAACAAACUAUUUCAAUAUCUAAAGCUGGUAUAACCACAACUUUAAAUGCUAGAACAUCUAUUUUAGCAGCUGCUAAUCCAUUAUAUGGUAGAUAUAAUACAAGAUUAUCUCCUCAUGAAAAUAUUAAUUUACCUGCAGCUUUAUUAUCAAGAUUUGAUAUUAUGUUUCUUAUAUUAGAUCAACCAUCUCGUGAUAAUGAUGAAAGAUUAGCUCAUCAUGUUGCUUAUGUUCAUAUGCAUAACAAACAACCUGAAAUGGAUUUCGAACCAUUAAAUUCUGCUACUAUUAGAGAAUAUAUUGCAAGAGCAAGAACUUAUAGACCAGUAGUUCCAAAAGAAGUUGGAGAUUAUGUUGUUCAAUCUUAUAUUAAUAUGAGAAAGGAAUCUCAUAGAAAUGAAGAUUCAAUUAAAAAAUUUAGUCAUAUAACUCCCAGAACUUUAUUAGGUAUAUUAAGAAUGGCUCAAGCAUGUGCAAGAUUAAGAUUUUCAAAUAUUGUAGUAAUGGAAGAUGUUGAUGAAUCAUUAAGAUUAAUUCAAGUAUCUAAAUCUUCAUUAUAUUCUGAAGAUGAAAAAGUAAGAGAAGAUGAAUCCAGUACUACUAAAAUUUAUCAAUUAAUUAAAACCAUUGCUGAAAAUAAUGGUUCGGGAUUCCAAAGAACUUUAUCCUUAAAUGAUAUUAAAGAUAGAGUAAUUGCUAAGGGAUUUACGGUUCAACAAUUUGAAGAUUGUAUUUUAGAAUAUGAUCAUAUUGGAGUAUGGCAUACUAUCGAUAAUGGAGAAACUUUAAUGUUUGUUAUGGCCGAUGAAGAUGAAGAUGAAGAUGAAGAUAUGGAAUAGAUUUCCAUUUUUGUAUAAUAGUUCCCUUGUUUCCUAAUCUCUUGUUUUGUAAUAAUAAUAAUAAUGAUAUAUAAAUAAAAUAUAUAUGUUCUACAUUAAA